CAGGUUUCUGGUUCACAAUUGUUCCAAACAUCUAAGCAAGUUCUGAUCAUUAGCGGAGGCGGUUCCACCUUCCCCUCCCCAUCCACCACCUUUCCCUCCCCUUCCACCACCUUCCCCACCACCCUCUCCUCCUCCUCCUCAUCCUCAUCCUUACUCCAACCUCUCACACUUCUUAAUCCUCAUAAAGUAGAACGUGAGGAUGCAGUGAAGAGAAGAGAACUUCUGGCCCGCCAGCCUUCCUACUGUAAAAUAUUAAAUGAUCUUAAGGAGACUGAAUCGUCUGGUUCUGAAGACUCCCUAGACCAUAAGAGUAUAAUCAUGAAGGGGGAGAGCGUAGAACUCGUUGAGUCUAACUCAGCCUCACAUGGUCAAACUGUUGUUAUAAACGGGCAACAGUAUCAGAUAGUUUCACCUUCAGCCAUGGACAGUGUUAUCAGUUUGCACACAGGCUCAGGUGGUAACCAGUUUACAAGUUCAAAUGGUGGGACGGUAUUUCUCCCCUCCGCGACCUCUCCUGGACUCUCCGGGCCGGGCAGUUCGCCUGGUAGUCAGGCUGAAGAGCAGGCUAGGAAGAGGGAGGUGAGGUUAAUGAAGAACAGGGAGGCUGCCAGAGAGUGCAGGAACAAGAAGAAAGAGUACAUUAAGUGUCUGGAGAACCGAGUAGCUGUACUAGAGAACCAGAAUAAAGCUUUAAUAGAAGAAUUAAAGUCUUUAAAAGAACUUUAUAAGUCACAAAACUGAACAGUUAUACUACACACAUCUCCCUUCCACAUGCUCUAGUUGUAUAUUAAUGUCAAUUUCUAGGGAGGAUUCAUUUUUUUAUAUAUUCACAAGAAAACCAUAAUGAUGAUUUAUAUGUAAACCCACAUUCAAUCUAUAAAAUUAUUUUGGUUAUUAUGGUACUUUUUCUUUUUUAAUCUAACAAAACAAAUUGCCUUUCCUUAUAAGGAUUUUGUUUUUUGCAUGUAUUUUUUUUAAAGGCAGAGUCCUUACUUCUUGCACAAAGUUUGCCCAAACCUCACCUUUUGAUUAAAAAAUCUAAAUUAAGAAAUAUAAUUAUUUUGAUGAA